AUGUCGUCAACAAACCCCGAUCCCUCGGCCUCAGCCCCCGCCUUCAUCCCUCUUGAAGCGAACCCAGAGCUCAUGACGACGCUCCUUCACAAGCUCGGCCUUUCGUCCGCUCUUGGGAUCCACGAUGUCUUUUCGUUGACAGACCCGGAAAUGCUCUCCUUCAUCCCACGGCCCGCGCUCGCUGUGCUUCUCGUAUUCCCUGUUAGCGCCGCCUACGAAAGCCAUCGUCUGGCGGAGGAUGCCCUGCUGGAGGAAUACAAGGGUAAGGGACCGAACGAGCCGGUUAUCUGGUUCCGGCAGACGAUCAGGAACGCGUGUGGCCUUAUGGGAUUGUUGCAUGCUGUGGCAAAUGGUCCUGCGAGGGAGUACAUCGAAAAGCCAUCUGAUUUGAACACCCUCAUUGAGAACGCCGAACCGCUCGAUCCCGCUGGUCGCGCACAGCUCCUCGAGAACACGCCUGCGCUGGCGACAGCUCACCGCGAAGCCGCAUCGCAGGGCGCCACCGAGGCUCCCCAGGCACAGGACGACGUUGACCUGCACUACGUCUGCUUCGUGCGCGGUAACGACGGCACGCUCUGGGAGCUUGACGGCCGUCGCAAGGGACCUCUGGCAAGAGGUCAACUCGAGGAUGGCGAGGAUGUGUUGAGUGAGAAGGCGCUUACCUGGGGACCUCUGAAAUUCCUUGAGAGAGAGGGCGCCGACUUGAGGUUUAGUGCCGUCGCGUUGGCUGGAUCGCUUGAAUAA